CAAUAGUUGUAACGGAGAACAUCUUGCUCAUUCCACCAAGAGGCGGAAAGCAUCUGGCCCAAGUUUGCUCGCUGCCUUCGGCACUACUGACAGUAACACCGGUUCGUCGCACAGCGACGAGAAGUUGGGCGGCUUCCAUGCUCACGGCGCCGCGGAUGUCGACCAUGUGGCCGGCGACGCACCCGGUAAGCCAGAUAGGAGAGUCAAAACCGGACUCGACAGCAGCUUGCCUCCCGUUUCCGAUGUUCGCGAGAUGUUCGAGGACAUGGUUGCGAGGGUCGAACCUGUUAGCCUGAAAGAAUCACCCGUCCGCUUGAAUGUAGCGACUCUCUGCUCCGGUACAGACGCGCCGAUUUUCGCUCUGAGCCUCAUUCAGGAAGCUCUCGUGACUCACGGUUUUGGUGCCGGGUUUGAAUUCCAGCACCUCUUCAGCUGCGAGAUUGAACCCUUCAAGCAGGGCUUCAUUCGGCGCAACCUCCCUCCCGGCACACUUAUCUUCCGCGACGUCGUUGAGCUGGCGAGCACAGCGUUGACAGGAAAGGCGACCACCGCCAGUGGCUCCAAGGCCGAGAUUCCAGCUUCGAAGGUCGACAUCUUGUUCGCCGGUUGCUCUUGUGUCGAUUACUCAAACAUGAAUCAGAACAAGCCGUCUGGGCGCGUGCCGGCACUGGACCGCCAUCUUAAACAACAACAACCGAAGGAGGGCAAGAGACGAGCGACCAAGAAACAGGGCUCGGGAAAGCGGACGACCAGCGAUGCACCAGAGGGCGGGGAGGUCGAUGGCUGUGGUGAUGGUGAUGGCGGAGAGGGGAACCAGUCACCCAUCCUUCUCGAUCAAACGUUUGUUGACGAUCUCGACGAGGCUCUCCGGGAGCUCGCUCUCCUGUCGUCGGGCGGCGAAUCGGCACGAACUUUCUUCGCGGCCAUUAAGCUCAUCACGGUCAUCCGACCAAAACUUGUCAUCUUGGAGAACGUCUACAACGCGCCGUGGGACAUGUACACGGAGCAGAUCUUCCCCAAGAUCUGCUACGUGGCCGACUUUGUCAGGCUCGACAGCAAGGAUUUCUACUUGCCACAGACACGUCAGCGCGGCUAUCUGGUCGCCGUCGAUGCCGCCGGCAUCGGCGCGAGGAACGCCGGCGAGAUUGUCAGGGGAUGGAAACGGAGGAUUCCCAGCUGCCAGCGGCCGGCCUCGGCACCAGUCUCGGUCUUCCUCCGCCCGGCCGACGACCCGGCUACCAUCCAAGCCAGGGCCGACAUGAAGAACAGGUCCUCGCCCAACGCCGAGUGGGCUCUCUGCUCGCUCCGCCAUGCCGACGUGCGCCAGAGGCACGGCAUACGCCGGGACGACAAUCCCUUCAGCCUCAAAGCCAUGCGAAACAGCCGACACAUUUUCGCCGCGUACCCCUCACAUUCCUGGAUGCAGUUCUGGGACGGCCAGGUGGCCAGAGUGGCCGACUUCAUGGACAUUGCCUUCGCCGCCCUGCGCAACGAGAGCGUCGAUCUGGGCUACAAGACCUGCAUGAUCGACGUGAGCCAGAACGUCGACCGCAACGACUUGGUCAACGGCGGCAGGGCUCGCGUGAGGAGCCAUCUCGGCGUCGUCGGCUGCAUCACGCCCUCUGGGAUGCCCAUAGUGACCGACCUGAUGCGCCCCAUCACGGGGUUCGAGACUCUCGCCCUGCAGGGCCUCCCCGUCGACGACCUGGUCGUCUCCACCGAAUCCCAAGCGCAGCUGCGCGAUCUGGCCGGCAACGCCAUGACCGUCACCGUGGUCGGCGCCGUCACCCUCGCUGCCUUGCUCGCCGUCCUUGAGACAAACGCGGCCACGGGCCUUCUUGACCAGGUACCCUCGGCACGACCGAAGCCCGGCCUGUACCUGGAGUUUCCCGAACCGGGCGAAUCACUGGAGCGUGGCCGGAACCGCUCCAUCGUCUUCGACGCCCAAAUGCUGCUCGGCAUCGCGAAGAGGAUGAUGCGCCUGUGCUCCUGUCCCGCACCGAUCGCCGAGGUGCUCGCCUGCGCUGAUUGCGGCACGACAGCCUGCUCCGCCUGUCGCGGAAACCCGGUGCAUCGCUUCGUCGCCCGGGUGGUCACGGGCUCUCGGUACUCCGCCGAACAGGGCAAGGUUCGGCUCGCCGACGUCCUGCCCAACGCUCUCAUGCUGCCCGUGCCGGAAGCCGUCGUCCACACCGCCCUCGGCUCGGUCAAGGGGGACUUGUACCGCUCUGUUGUCCGCGACAUUCUUAACAAGAAGGAUGCUGUGUUCUUUCUGGACGAGAUUAAGGUCACCGAGGCCGUGACCGUAUGCUACAAGAAGGCCGACAGCAUCGCCCGGCUAGUUUUCUCUGCUGACUCGGCCUGCUGUUGGUACAUCUACGUCGCGCCCUGGCACCACCGCCGCGUGGAGCUCUCCGAGUGCUUCGACCUCGACCAGCCUAUCGCGCGGGGACAGGUCCUCUCUGGCGACAUCUCUGCUCCGCACUGGUCUCUAUGGGUUCCAACCCGUAUCGACUUGGAGCUCGGGUUUGCCGAGGCCCAGGACGGCCAGCUCCGCUUCGACAGGCUGUCAUUUGCUGGCGGACACGAUCUCGGGCCGGACCCGUCACUGCAGCACUGGAAGAGAUUGGUGGAGGCCAGGGUGUGCGGCACAUACACUCACCAUCCCGGGUGCGGCACCGCCGGCAGUCGGCUGCACGUCAAGCAACCCGCAGUCACCGCGGAUGGCAGGGUCUUCCUGAUGUGGGAGUCGGCAAGGCUCCGCGACCCGGACGAUGACCAUUUUAUCUGGACUGAGACGAUGCGGAGGAUGGAGCCCCACGAGUAUCGCCCGGUCUUACUCCAUGCCAGGCCUGCGCGCUCUUGGAAACUUGAUCACCAGACCCAGGAGAGGCCCAUGAGCGUCUUCUGGCCCGGCUACUGGUCCUGGCCUCCCGAGCCCACAUGCUCCGAUUCCGGCACCGCCGAACCUUACAACCCCGUCCGGGUUCACUGGGGUCCGGCCGAAGCUAUUCAGCAGGCGCCUUGCCACGCGGACGGGCAAGCUCCUGUCGCUCAGAUGGCCGUCCUUGCCGCCGUUUCCGCCACCUUCCGCGGAUUCCCGCUGUCGGCAUCCAGGUGUGGUACGCCCCGGUCGGACACUAGUUUCUACGUCGUCCCGCCAACCGGGUUAGACACGUUCUUGCGGAUGGUCUCUUUCGCCUCGAGCGAGGUCCGCUGGUCGAGACGGCCGGAAUCUCUCGCGUUGGCUCCGCACCUCGACGGGUCAUGGGUCCCUGUCGCCCGCUGUCGGGUUUGCUCCGUGACCCCGCCCAAGAUCGCCGUCUACGCGAGGAAAGACCCGAAGAGGGCCGGGGUCAAGACCUCAGAGGUGUCGCGGGAGAAGAAGGCGAGAGGGGGAAGCAAAGGAAACGCACCCAGUGAGAGACCUAGUAGAAAGAAGUUGCCGGCAACGGGUGACGACAGUUCGAGGACGACAAAGGUCGUCAUUGAAGAUCCCGACGAAGCCGCGACCUUCGAACGGCACUACCAGGACCUCCCUAGGGCGGUGGCAGUCGCCGCCCAUAUCCGACCUGAUAGUAACGGCUUCUUGACCCUGGACAUGAGGCUCCUGUUGCAGCCCAAGACACUCGCCUCGAGGGCCCUCGCGCACUUGUUGCAGGCGCACCACACUGCAGCGCGUGGUCGGACGGCCGUGGACUCGGGCGCAGUCACGUCCUUCACGGUGACGCUCGAUUACACACCCGGCUCGACUGCCGACUUCGGCCCAUUUAUCGACUCCGUCCGGCCCUGCAGCGCAGCGAACACGACUGGCAUCGACCUCGCGCGCGAUUUCGAGCUUCCCGACGCCGAUCCCCCGAGAUUCCGGAGGACUAUGACCAAGGCACGGAAGAUGGGCCCGGGGCAGUACCGGCUCAGGCCGAGUCAGAGGGAAGCCGUCAACUGGAUGCUGCAGCGUGAGCGCGUGCCCCUCGACUUUGUUAAGCGCGAAGUCGAGGAGGAAGUGGUCGCACCGCUCAACCUGCGCGUUCUCGGCAAGGCCGAGUGGACCAACCGCUUUCCUUACUGCUCCCGUGGCGGCGUUGUCGCCCAUGAGGUGGGCUAUGGGAAGACGGUGGUCACACUAGCGGUGUGCGACCACAUGCGCGAGUUUGACACGACUGAGUCCGUCGCCGAGCGCGCAGACAAGGUCGACGCCGUCUGGUCUGAGGAACUCUCCAGCCUGUUUGGGCAGCUCCAGGACAACCUGCCCUCACCGGAACAAAAAGUCAAGUCUUUCUUCUGCCACCUUUCGGCAACUCUUGUUGUGGUGCCCAAGCACAUCACGGCCCAAUGGGAGAGCGAAGCUGCAAAGUUCCUCGGUCUGACCAGGCCCAAGGUGCUCGUGAUCAAGACGGUAGCGGCGUUCUACGGAGAUUGCUUGAUGCAGCAACUGCAGGAAGCCGAGUUUAUUAUUGUCAGCAGUGCCGUCUUUGGCAAGGCAUUUCUAGAGCGGCUGGAAACGGUCUCGGGUCCGGAUGACAGCUUCCCAGCGGGACUCUCCGGGAGGACCCUCGAGGCCUGGUAUCGCGAGGCGCUGCGCGCUUACAGGGUCCUUACGGCAUACUACCUUUCCGGCCGCGACGCCAAUAUCCCGUAUGACCAGCUCAUGGAGACGAUCGAGGAGAAACUCGUGCCCGGACUGAGGAGGAGGCGAAAGGCCGAGAUUGACGCCCUGGUUAUGAAACAGGUUCCCGAAAUCGAUCGCCAGUACUACAAGAAGAAAGCGAGGGAUACAGUCGAUGCCGCCGGACUUGACACUACCGUAGGCGGCCCCGGAAACGACUUGGGCGCAGUCGGUUUCAAGGAGGGACUGGGCGACAUUACCCUGUGCACGGAGCAGCGCGAUGCCGGCUCGGGCAAAAAGCGAAGCAGUUCGGACCCCGUGGAAGCGGCGGCGAGCGAGGCUGCCAAGGUUAAAAGGAACUCGAAAGCGAGAGGUCCGUGGGCCAUCUCCUGCCUUCACAACUGCAGCUUCGCCAGGGUUGUCUGGGACGAGUGCUCCUACGACGACGACGACAACAUCCGCCUGUUUGUUGCUCAUGCUGUGGCCAACACUAAGUGGCUGCUCUCGGGGACUCCAAAGCUCUUCGCGCUGGAGCAGGUUUGCAGGAUCUCCGCCGCCUUUGGCGUGCACGUCGCCAGGCCCGAGCCGCGAAUUACGCCCGGCCUCCCCGCGGUCACCAAGGGCCCGGAGCUCGCGCCCAUGUCGAAGAGCGAGCAGUUCCAUAAGUUCUGUUCACCGGUAAAGUCGGUCACGCUGGCUCGAGAGCGCCACGCCCACGCCGAGACGUUUGUGGCCGCCUACUUUCGCGCCAACGCUCUGGACGCCGAGGUGGAUAUCGAGUCCGAGGAACACGUCGUGCCCGUUGACAUGACGGAGCCGGAUUCGGUUCGAUACCAUCUGCUCACUCAGGAAGUCCUCGACGCAGAUUUCGACUACACCGCCCUCCCAGAGCACGCCCGGCGCGAGGUCGCCCUGAAGGGCGCCGACCUGCUUGGCAAAGACGGUUCGGCCGCGGCUAAGAUGCUCCUCGGCCUCCUUGCCUGCGGCCUCGGCAAGCAUGUGAGCUCGGUCAACGACCUAACCCAGGCCCUGGAGGAACGAAGCGCUAGGCUUGGUUGCCAGAUGAAGUUUCUUUGGGACAAGAUGAUGUGGCUCCGGCGCUGGAUACUACGGGUAUUCGGCUCGAGGGCUGGCUCGGAAGAAGGGUUGGCCCUUCAGCCAGGCACGUCGAUCAAGGAUAGCCUGGCGCGGGUGGAAGCCUUGUGCAGUAACAUGAACGACGCUCUUCUCGGGGAUGGAAGCCUGGAGCCGUUUGGCGGCAUUGACGUGUUCCUGCGCGAAGCCUCUAUUGUUGCCCAUCAACAGAUCCCGCCGCAAGGGGCCCCACCCCACUCUGCCUCAGACAUAAUGCAGUCCCUUCGACCGCACUUCUGCAGCGACUGGAAGGAAGGUUACAACAUCGACAAGGCACUGUACACCUGGCUGGACUUCUUCGCUGUCACAGAGUCCACGCUAGACAGACUUACCGAAGACCAGCUCCGCCUGCUUGCUGAAGACCUUUGCUGGCUGAAGUACAAGAUCGACCCCCGUACGGCUCCUUUCAGUGUGAGCUUCCCCGUACUAGCCCUGACGGGGGCACAUCUAGCUCCGGAAGCUCGGCGGUCUAUUCCACCAGAUAUAAGGGAGCUCUUCGAGGUGGACAAGCGCGUCAUCGAUAGUCUCACUGGGGACGAGAUCAGGCACCUCGUCCGCAGUUGCGCCCGGGUGGAGAAGUUGAAUACGACAAGGCUGGAUGCCUCCGAGACAGACCACGUGGACGAAGACUGCGCCUCCGGAGCUUCCAGGUCUUCUCUCGUCGAGAUUUUGACGGAGGUGAAUGUAAAGUUUGCCCCGAAUGCCGCCACGGAGGACCUCAAGGAAAAGCUCCGGCGGCACAGGGCCGGUCUCGCCACCUGUGAGAACUACCGCGACGGCCGGGCCCCACCAGACAGGCAUCGGGACUUUGAGGCGGCGACCAUGUGCACCGUGGAGGAUGUCAGUAAGCAGGCGGAGGCUGUCAACGAGGAGUUGAAGCGCACCAUGGUGCACCUUGCCAAAACUGUCGAGGACCUCAGGGCAACCAUGCUGGAAACCAAGUUCAUCCCCCGGUACUCCCAGGCGGCCAAUGCUCUGGACAAGGACGGCGUCAUUCAAACCCACGCGUGCUGCGGCUGUCAGAAUCUGCUGCCAUCAGCGACGGCAUCGUUUCUGGUAGUAGCUUGCGGACACCUCCUGUGCUGUGAAUGCAGAUCCACUGCGGGAUUCUACUGUCCCGUCAGAGGUUGCCCGGCCUUCAUUCGCAAGAGGCCGGUGAUCCGGUGCUCCCACAUCCCGACGCCGUCUCAGGCUGGGCCUCGUGACAAGGCCGACCACGUCGUCGAGCUCGUGAGGCAGUUCCCGGCCGACGAAUAUAUCGUCGUCUUUGCCCAGUACCGCCGGCUGAUCAGCUCGCUAGCGGCGGCGUUUAACAGGGCUGACCUCCGGGUCCUCGACCUCUCUGCCGCGAAGGACGACGACAUCGCCCGCAAACUCGAGGCAUUCAAGAUCGGAAAGGCGGGUCGGAUCUUGCUGCUCGACAUGGACAGCGAGACGAGCGCCGGGAGUAAUCUGACGAUUGCUACUCGUGUAAUCUUUGCCAGCCCUUACGUGCACCAGGAUGAAGAACACCAGGUCAGGACUGUCCGACAGGCCAAGGGCCGGUGUAUCCGUACCGGCCAGACCAAGAAGGUGCAUGUGUACCACUUCAUGGUCCCCGGCACGAUCGAGGAGGAGACGCUGCGCACACUCGGCAGACAUAGCCCGCCCGUGCAGGAAUUCUUUGACAACUUUGAGCGCAAGCCCUGGUGGUUGGAUCUGUGAAGCAAUGAUGAAGGGGGGG